AUGGCAGUUGUAGAUUUUGAUCUACGGUUCACCUAUGUGUUGGUUGGUUGGGAAGGAACUGCACAUGUUGCUCUAGUUUUACAUGAUGCUUUAGAACGUGAGAAUGGCCUCCGCGUCCCACAAGGCAAAUUCUACCUAGUUGAUACUGGAUAUGGAGCCAAACCAGGAUUUUUGCCCCCCUUUUGUGGUGUUCGGGCUAUCAAUGAGAAGUUCAACACAAGGAUCACUGGUGAGCAAGUCAAGAAUUAUUUGAAAACAUGGCAGAAAAGGAUUGCAAAGAUAAAUAGAUUGAAGAAGUUGAGUGCUGCCCUCUUUGAUGAAGAAAAAUGCAUAAUUACACUUGAUGAGGAGCACUACAACGGUCAUGUCCAUGAUCACAAGUUUGAUGCUGAGUUCUUGAACAAGCCCCUCUUGCACUAUCGAGAGAUGGAGGCAAUAUUUGGCAAUAGCAUGGCUACUGGAAACUUUGCAAAAGAUUCAAGUGCACCUCUAGGUAGAAAGGAUGAUGAGGGUGAAAGUCAAGAAGAGGGGGAUGAGUGCCCGCACCGCCCGUUCCACUCCCUCGUCCGAUCCAUCCUCUACCAGCAGCUCGCCUUCAAGGCCGCCGCCUCCGUCUACUCCCGGUUCCUCUCGCUCCUCGGCGGCGAGGCCAGCGUGACCCCCGACGCCGUCCUCGCGCUCACCCCGCAGCAGCUCCGCCAGAUCGGGGUCUCCCCGCGCAAGGCGUCCUACCUACACGACCUCGCCCGCAAGUAUGUCUCCGGGAUCCUCUCCGAUUCCGCCAUCAUCAACAUGGACGACCGCUCCCUCGCCGCCAUGCUCACCAUGGUCAAGGGCAUCGGCGCCUGGAGCGUCCACAUGUUCAUGAUCUUCUCCCUCGCGCGACCCGAUGUGCUCCCAUCCGCCGACCUCGGCGUGCGCAAGGGCGUGCAGAUGCUCCACGGGCUCGAAGACGUGCCUCGGCCGUCGCAGAUGGACAAGCUGUGCGAGCGGUGGCGCCCCUACCGCUCCGUCGGGGCGUGGUAUAUGUGGCGGCUCAUCGAGUCCAAGGUGCCGCAGCCGGCGCCGGCCAUCCCUGUGGGACCACUUGCACUCCCUUCGCCUGACGGCCAGAUUAUGCUGCAGCAGCAGCAACAACAGCAACAGAGUGUCAUCCAAAUGAUCGAUCCCCUUCAGAUGCUCCCAGGAAUGGGGUAAAUUCGGUAUCACUUCUGCCUAUUAGUUCUGCAUCUUAGAUGGAUGGUUGCUGUGCCAGUCAGUUGGUUGCUCUGCGCAUUAUUGUUCUGUAAUGGCCAGAGUGUAGCAUUGGAAAUGAGUACCCUGGUCUGAACUUGUUAAAUUAUCGGUGUUGUCUGUGUUGUUUAUCCUCGUCAAGAGUCUGUGAAGAUCGUGGUUGGCCAUUCUUCACAUUGUAAAAUUCGUUAGCGGUGUUUUAGAACCCCCUGGAAUUGUGCCAUCCUUGUAGUUUACCUGUGAUGAAAUGAAAUGAUUAAGAGCAUGCUAAGCACAAGAAUCCCUCUUCUAAUUCUAAGGGCGUGCACUGGCAUUUUGGUGCCAUUACUUUG